AUGCUGAAACUACAACAAAAGAACCAAAUGAAAGGUUUACAACAAUUUAUAAUAGAAUUGAGAAAUUCAAAAGAUCAAGAUGAAGAAUAUAAGAAAAUUAAACAAGAAAUUAGUAAUAUACAUCAAAAAUUUCAAGGAACAUCAUUAAAUGGAUAUCAAAAGAAGAAAUAUAUAUGUAAAUUGAUGUAUAUAUACAUUGUGGGAAAUUCAGAUAUGGUUGAUUUUGGAUUGAAAGAAUCAUUUGAAUUGAUGAAUUCAACAAGUUUUGGAGAAAAGAGAUUAGGUUACCUCGCGGUGUCAAUAUUCUUAAAUAAUGAAAAUAAAAAUAGCAAGAAAACCCUAUUUACAGCAAAAGAGCAUUUGAAUCAUAUACUAGAAGAAACUCAUGAAUCAUUAAUACGGGAUUUACAGUCUAGAGAUGAAGAAAUCAAUUGUUUAGCGAUUCAAAUGAUUGCAACUUGUUUUACUGCUUCGAAUGUAGUAAUUUAUGAUAACGAUUCAAAUUCUUCAAUUUGGGUUGAGAUAAUUGAUCUCGUGUAUGCAUCUGUAACAUCACCAUUGAAUAAGCCAAUAGUUAAACAAAAGGCAGUUUUAGCAUUAAUUUCAUUAUUGCGAUUAUACCCAGAAGUUAUAUUGAAGAAUGUCAAUUGGAUUCCAAGACUACUUAAAAUUGUGGAAGAAUCGGAGGAUUUGGGAGUAGUUACAUCAAUUGUACCAUUGUUAAACUAUAUAUUAAAUUUAAAACCAGAAGUUGUAAAAUCAGUGAUACCUUCAAUAGCUCAUAGACUUUUCCUGGUGGUUUUUAAAAAUGAAUGUCCACAAGAUUAUUAUUAUUACAACACCCCGGCUCCUUGGCUUAUUGUUAAGUUAUUACAAUUUAUAGAGAAUUGCUUUUUAGUUACUGAUUCAGACGGUAGUUAUAAAAUUACACUUGAAAAUAUAGAUCAGCAUUCCAUAAAUGAACUAAGACAGGUGGUUUCGAAAUCAAUUCAAAAUGCUUCUCAACAUGUUAAAGGUUUACCAAAUAGGAAUUCACAAAGUGCAAUAUUAUUCCAAGCUGUUUCUUUGGCGGUGUUUCUACAAGCUUCACCAGAAGCAAUCAUUGGAGCAUCAAAUGCUUUACUUAUGUUGAUAAAUUCAAAUGAAACAAACACUAGGUAUUUGGCUUUAGAUGCAUUAAUCAAACUAACAGCAAGACUGGAUUCAUCAUAUUUAUCAACAAAGGAUAAAUUCACUGAAACUUUGCCAAUAUAUAUAAGGUUAUUAAAUGAUAAAGAUAUUUCUGUAAGAAGAAAAGCUUUAGAUUUGUUAUAUACUAUUUGUAAUAGUGAAUGUUACACCACUAUAAUUAAUGAGUUAUUAAAUUAUUUCCCGCAUACAGAUUUACAAAUGAAACAAGAACUUGCCAUUAAAAUAGCGGUUUUAGCAGAAGGAUUUGCAACUGAUUCCAUAUGGUAUGUAACGACUAUGUUAAAAUUGUUAUCAAUAGGUGGUGGUACAAAUUCAAAUGGUGUUGGAUUUAUAAGUAAUGAAAUUUGGGAAAGAAUUGUACAAAUAGUGGUGAAUAAUGAUGAUAUGCAAAUACAAACUUGUAAAAUAAUCGUGAACUUGUUAAAAAGACCAUUUAAUAAUCAUCAAUCAGCGCCAAUUUCAGAAAAUUUGAUAAAAGUUGCUGCUUUUAUAUUAGGUGAGUAUGGAGAUCAAUUAGAAGAAAAUGGGGAAACAAAUAUUCAAACUCAAUUUAAAUUGUUGUUUGAUGCUUAUUUUGCAGUAUCAGUUUCAACUAGAGCAAUGUUAUUAAGUUCAUUUUUAAAGUUCUUGGUAAAAUUUCCCGACCAAGAGUUUGUUCCUGAAAUUGUUGAUUUAUUUGAAAUUGAAACACUGUCUUUGGAUUUGGAAAUACAAACUAGAGCUUUUGAAUAUUUAAAACUAGCAACGAUAAAUAAUGAUUUUAGAUUAGCCAAAACUGUAGUUAAAAAAAUACCUGCAUUCAAUCAAGAAGAAAGUCCUUUAAUGAGAAGAUUAGGUGUUACAACUCAUCCAAGCUUAAAACGAUCAAAAUCUUUAGUUAUGGCUCAAAAUAUUAAAUCCAAACCACAAAAAGUUGAUUCAACCUUAAGUAGUAAUUGGUAUUCAGGAUUUCAUAGAAUGCUACAUUUUGAUGCUGGUAUAUUUUUUGAGAAUCAACUAAUAAAAAUAACCUAUAGAAUAGUGAAAACUAAUUUUGAUUUAUCUAUAAAGUUUAUAAUUUUGAAUAGUGCUGGAAAAACUGUUGGUGAAUCAAUUACUGGAUUAACUGUUUUAAAUCUUGAAUCAUUGGCAAAACAAAAUGAUCCAAACUAUUUGUUAAGUAUUAAACAAUUACCAGAGGCUAAUGUUGUUGAUAAAACAUCCAUGGAAGUAGAUGUUAAAAUUAGAGGUAUUGUUGAAUCUAAAGAAAACCCAAUACUUUCCUUAACUUUUAAAUGUGGUGGAUCAUUCAAUCAACUCAACUUGAAAUUUCCAGUAUCAGUUUUGAAAACUUUAACACCUACCGCUUUGAGUAGUUAUGAAGAGUUUGAAAGAAGGUGGUCACAAAUUGGUCAACAUCUAGGUGUAGAAGGGGAAACUUCUUUAACAAUUCAUUUAAAUCAUAGACACGAUGAAUCACAAAUUAGUAGGUCCUUAACAAGAUUAGGAUUUGCAGUAGUUCAACCACCCCUUUUACCCACUAAUAUAGAUAUAAGUGGAGUUGGAAUCUUACAUACUCAAAAAUCAAAUUAUGGUGUAUUAACAAAAUUUUUAGGUCUUGAUGAAAUUGGGAAGGAUUUGAGAAUUAUUGUACGUUGUACCGGUGGUGGGGUUGCAGAAAUUAUUGCAAAUACAUUAAAAGAAAUUCUUGUAGGUUGA